GUGUGCUGGUCACCAUGACAACAGAGACAGGCCCGGAUUCUGAGGUGAAGAAGGCUCAGGAGGAGACCCCACAGCAGCCUGAGGCGGCCGCUGCGGCGACCACCCCUGUGACCCCUGCAGGCCACGGCCACCCCGAGGCCAACUCCAAUGAGAAGCACCCGCCCCAGCAGGACACUCGGCCUGCUGAACAGAGCCUAGACAUGGAGGAGAAGGGCUAUGGGGAGGCUGAUGGCCUGUCAGAGAGGACCACGCCCAGCAGAGCCCAGAAAUCACCCCAGAAGAUUGCCAAGAAGUACAAGAGUGCCAUCUGCCGAGUCACCCUGCUUGAUGCCUCUGAGUACGAGUGUGAAGUGGAGAAACAUGGCCGGGGCCAGGUGCUGUUUGACCUGGUCUGUGAGCACCUCAACCUCCUGGAGAAGGACUACUUCGGCCUGACCUUCUGUGACGCUGAUAGCCAGAAGAACUGGCUGGACCCCUCCAAGGAAAUCAAAAAGCAGAUUCGGAGCAGCCCCUGGAAUUUUGCCUUCACGGUCAAGUUCUACCCCCCUGAUCCUGCCCAGCUGACAGAAGACAUCACAAGAUACUACCUGUGCCUGCAGCUGCGGGCGGACAUCAUCACGGGCCGGCUGCCCUGCUCCUUCGUCACACAUGCCCUGCUGGGCUCCUACGCUGUGCAGGCUGAGCUGGGUGACUACGAUGCUGAGGAGCAUGUAGGCAACUAUGUCAGUGAGCUCCGUUUUGCCCCCAACCAGACCCGGGAGCUGGAGGAGAGGAUCAUGGAGCUGCACAAGACGUACAGGGGCAUGACUCCAGGAGAAGCAGAAAUCCACUUCUUAGAGAACGCCAAGAAGCUUUCCAUGUAUGGAGUAGACCUGCACCAUGCCAAGGACUCCGAGGGCAUUGACAUCAUGUUGGGAGUCUGUGCCAAUGGCCUGCUUAUCUACCGGGACCGGCUGAGAAUCAACCGCUUCGCCUGGCCCAAGAUUCUCAAGAUCUCCUAUAAGAGGAGUAACUUCUAUAUCAAGAUCCGGCCUGGGGAGUACGAGCAGUUUGAGAGCACAAUUGGCUUUAAACUCCCAAACCACCGGUCAGCCAAGAGGCUGUGGAAGGUCUGCAUCGAACACCACACAUUCUUCCGGCUGGUGUCACCUGAGCCCCCACCCAAGGGCUUCCUGGUGAUGGGCUCCAAGUUCCGGUAUAGUGGGAGGACCCAGGCACAGACCCGCCAGGCCAGCGCCCUCAUUGAUCGGCCCGCGCCCUUCUUUGAGCGUUCCUCCAGCAAACGGUACACCAUGUCCCGCAGCCUUGAUGGAGCGGAGUUCUCCCGCCCAGCCUCGGUUAGUGAGAACCAUGACGCAGGACCCGAUGGUGACAAGCAAGAGGAGGAUGGCGAGUCUGGGGGUAGGCGGUCAGAGGCCGAGGAGGGAGAGGUCAGGACUCCCACCAAGAUCAAGGAGCUAAAGCCGGAGCAGGAAACCACGCCAAGACACAAGCAGGAGUUCUUAGACAAGCCAGAAGAUGUCUUGCUCAAGCACCAGGCCAGCAUAAAUGAGCUCAAGAGGACCCUGAAGGAACCCAACAGCAAACUGAUCCACCGGGAUCGAGACUGGGAACGGGAGCGCAGGCUGCCCUCCUCGCCCGCCUCCCCCUCCCCCAAGGGCACUCCUGAGAAAGCCAAUGAGGAAGGAUGCACAGAACUCGAGCUCGUGUCCCCUGAUUCAGGCUGUGAAACUGCGCUGGAGGUAGCCACUGGGGGAACUGGCCACAACACAUCCGGAGAUGCGGUCAGGGAAGAGAAGCACAUCACCAGCUUAGCAGCAAACCCCCCUGGAAAAGGGGGGCGCCUGAGAUUCGCCAGCCCCUCGGGCCCUCAGAGAGCAGGGCUAAGGGAGGGCUCAGAGGAGAAGGUCAAACCGCCCCGUCCCAAGGCCCCAGAGAGUGACACGGGAGACGAGGACCAGGACCAGGAGAGGGACGCGGUGUUCCUGAAAGACAACCACCUGGCGAUUGAGCGUAAGUGCUCCAGCAUCACAGUCAGCUCCACAUCCAGCCUGGAGGCUGAGGUUGACUUCACGGUCAUUGGUGACUACCACGGCAGCGCCUUUGAAGACUUCUCCCGCAGCCUGCCUGAGCUCGACCGAGACAAAAGCGACUCCGAAACUGAAGGCCUGGUGUUCUCCCGGGAUCUCAGCAAGGGGGGCCCCAGCCAGGAAGACGAGUCUGGGGGCAUCGAGGAUAGCCCAGAUCGAGGGGCCUGCGCCACCCCAGAUAUGCCCCAGUUUGAGCCUGUGAAAACAGAAACCAUGACUGUCAGCAGCCUGGCCAUCAGAAAGAAGAUUGAGCCAGAGGCUGUACUGCAGACCAGAGUCACCACUGUGGACAGCACCCAGCAGGUUGAUGGGACUGCCCCAGGGGGAAAGGAGUCCAUAACAACUGCUCCCUCCAUCACCACGGAGACCAUAUCAACCACCAUGGAGAACAGUCUCAAGUCCGGGAAGGGGGCAGCUGCCAUGAUCCCAGGCCCACAGACGGUGGCCACGGAAAUCCGUUCUCUUUCUCCGAUCAUCGGGAAAGAUGUCCUCACCAGCACCUACGGCGCCACCGCGGAAACCCUCUCCACCUCCACCACCACCCAUGUUACCAAAACUGUGAAAGGGGGGUUUUCUGAGACGAGGAUCGAGAAGCGAAUCAUCAUCACUGGGGAUGAAGAUGUUGAUCAAGACCAGGCCCUGGCAUUGGCCAUCAAGGAGGCCAAACUGCAGCAUCCUGACAUGCUGGUAACCAAAGCUGUCGUAUACAGAGAAACAGACCCGUCCCCGGAGGAGAGGGACAGGAAGCCACAGGAAUCCUGACCUCUGUGAAGAGAUGCUGGCGUUUCUGGUCCAACCCAAGCCAGAGAACCGUCAAGAAGGGGCCUUCAUUCUGGAUUCUCCGACUCAACACCGAAGUCCCAGCUGUGACGUGCUGUCACCGAAGAGGGACUGGGAAAGGAAAAGCAUAUAUAUAUAGAUAUAUAUAGAUAUAGAUAUAUAUACAGGAAACACCGCGUCCUUGCACUGCUGCUGGGGCUGGCCGAGCAGUCGGCCAACAGCAACAACCAACAUCUGAACGCCUACAUUUCCUUUGCAGACACAUUGAAGAAUUGGUGGGACUUUUCAGGAAAAAAAAAAAAAAUUAUGACAAUAAUCUCUUGCUCCCCCUUUCGAAGCCCCAUGGAACGCCAGAAGCAAGCCAGACCACAAUGAUUGUAGGAGUCCAACACGACCCUGGUUCUGCACGUUACACUGAGCGGACAAGCAUUCCAUUUGUCCUGCGGCGUGUUGCCCACUCCAAUGCAAAGGAAACACUUCUGCAGCAAAGCAAGAGAAGUCGCAGCAGCAAGACACCCACCGUCAACCAUUUGCCGAGAAAGAAAGAAACCCCCCCCAAACCCCCACUCAGAAAGGAGGAAGAACACUGGAUUGUUAUUUUUUGGGUCUUGACACUGGGCUGCAAAAUCCACCUUCCUUUCUUCCACCUUCCCUCCCCCUGACUCACGUGUCUUUUGGUCAUUUCUGUCUCGGCUGUCUCCUCCCCCUCCCCCCCGCUGCGUUCCCCCCCCCCCCACCUCCCUCUGUCUCCUGGUCCUGCUAAGGGCCACUGCAGAUGACUCUGGUUUGAAACAAGAAAAAGAAAAGAAAGCAAGAACAGAAAACCCAGCCACAGGAAGGGGAAGUAGACAUUUUAUGUUUAUGGGUUCUCAUUGAAGGUGCAGCUUGUAGGAAAUGUGUAUGGAUGUGCUUUUAAGUUAUGUAUAUUACAUAUAACAGGAAACAAAUAUUAAAAUAAACAGUGCUGGUAAGUAUGAAGCUGACAUUUUAAAAUUAUAAUUAUCCGACUGUGAUUGAUGUAUCCCAAGGUUCUUAGAUCUCCCUGAACCGGCCCAGCCAAGGAGACCAGGACUCUGGCUGUGGGUUGCUCACAGUAGGAGCUGACGGUUCGGUGUAGUAAUACAGUGUGUGGUAUUUGUAACUGGUUGAUUGGUGGGGAGGGGUGGGGUCCCCAGAUGGAGGGGCAGGGGUUUGGCAAGAAGGAAGAAACACAGAUGUAGCCCAAGAUGCCUUCUCCCCUCGGGCAGUAGCCACCAGGGCCUGGUCUAUGCUCAGGUGUGGGGUCCAGAGUUAGGAUUCUGCUACCUCCCUAGGGAAAUUGCUUCAGUUUUCAGUCUUCUCUUUUCUUUCUUUCUUUUUUUUUUUUUUUUUUUUUUUUUUUGGCCACAUGUCUUUUCCCUGACCACAUUGUGACAUCUGACUCCCCAUCCAGAGGGAGGUGAUACCCCUGGCCGCUGCAGAGGAUGGUGGCUUUAAUUUGGCUGUCUGGAGAGUCUCAGCUCACUCUUAUCCUCUGCCCUUCCACAUUCAUUCUCUUCCUUCUGGGCCAAAGCAGCCAUAGAGACCAUGAACACAGGGCAGGCUCUGAUAGGUCAAAACUGCAUUUCCAAAGGCUUUGCCUGCCCCUGAAUGAGCUGAGGGUGAAAGGUGUUGUUGCUCAAAGGCUCCAUCCAUGUAUAAGACGCUGGCUUCAGAAACCUCCCCUUCAGCCAGCAUCUGAGCUCUGAGCCUGUAUCCUCGGAGUCCCCCAAAUUGCCUCCAGAUCACAGAAGCUCUUGGAGAAAGUCCCAUCAAAAGCUUGGCAUUGACCUCUGGCACACAUGGUCUUUCCCAGGCUUGCCUGCCAUGAGCUGCUUCUCUGAGCUCACGGAGUCUUCUUUGGAGGAAAUGUGUCCCCACUACACUUUAAUUUCUCAGUCCCGUCUUAUCUCCCCAGUCCCACCGCUAAAGCCGUCAUUAAAUUCAUUCAACAAAUAUUUUAUUUAUUGAGUACCUACAUGUGCCAGGCAGUAUCCUUGGGCUGAAGGAGAGAAUAUGGGGGAGGGGAGGGACCCGGAAGUCCUCUGAGCCAGCCUUACAUCUUCAAUCAUGGCUUGCCCCUCUGAGAUUCCCACAUUCUCUCCGAGUAUUGGCCAUUGCCCAGCGAUACCCUCCAGAGGGCCCAGGCUUACUUACCAGUCACCCCAGUGACUUAUGUGCUUAGUUUGCUAAGCUGGUGCUGACCUGAGGCAGGACAGGAAACCAGAACAGCGUUUGUCUCUGUGGGCAAAAAUGGGACAGAGAGCAGGCAGGGAGAGUCCUGCACCUGGGGCUCAGUUGGCAGAUUCAGCCACAUCCUGCCAGGAGCAAGGCUGGUGGCCCGCUCCAACUUCCCCUGAGUGCGACAGCUCACUUUCCACGCACCAGGUUCUUUUUACCAUCCUGGUGGAGAAGCCACAGAACCUUCCCUCCCCGCACCCCACCCCCUCCCCCUCACACACACCUUGAGAGCUCCCAUUCUUUUUGGGCCAUGAGCCAGAGUGGCUCCACCCUCCCUGAGCCACCUGGAAUUUGGCUCAGGCACCCCUGCCAGGCGUCAUGACCACACUGGUCACACCAUGGAGGGAGAAUAUUGUUCUGGGUUCUACACCUCAUUAUAAGCCCCUGAAUGUGUGGUUUCAGGGCAGGGAUGAAGUGACCAGAUUUAGCUUGUGGGCCGGCCAGGGUUUGUGGAGAUCUCCAUCCCAUGGAUGUUGUGACCUUCCUUCCAUGGAGAGGCAGGCAGUGCCACCAGGGAGGAGGGGAGCUGCAAAGCUAAAAUCUAGGGCACUGUUUCCUCCCCAUCCUCCUCUUCAUAGGGAAUAUAGAUGUUUGUCUUGUCUGCCUUCAACCUACUUUUCUUUUUUUCCUUUUUACAUCUCUCAUCGUUUCUGUGCUGCCUUUCCACCCAGGAGACCAUGUAGCAGAGUGGAAAAUGUCCUGGAGGGUAUCCUGGCUCAGCCAUGUGACAUUGGACUAGUCCCAUCCCACCCCCAUCCCCUUUUGGGCCUCAGUUUCCCCACUUACAAAUGAGCAGGAUAAACCAGAGGCUCUCCGGGGCUUUUCCCAGUCUGCUGUCAUACAGAUAUUCAUUUUCUCUUAUUUUGCUUUCUCGGGAUCUUUUCCAUCUGAGGGUACAGGAAGUGCCAGGACCUGUUUUCAGUUUUUGAAUCCUGCAAGCACAUUCCAAGACUGGCCUGCAAUUGCAUGAGCAACAUCACUCUAAAUAAUUUUUUUUUUCAAAAGCACCUUACCAACCAACUGCGAUGCUGUCCUGUUCCUUUUUACUCACACCCCUCCCUCCCCUCUUGUCCCGCGCUCCCCCACCUCAGUGCUCUGUGCUGUAUGCGUGUGCUCUCUGUUCUUGUAUACUCAAUAAAAGUGAAAUAAAUGUGUUUGAUGCUGAACCACAAA